UGCUCGCGCCCGCCCCCGCCCCCGCCCCCGCGUCGUCCGUCCACUCGUUGCUUCGUCUUCUUCCUCGCACCCCCUCCUCCCCCAGAUUAAAUCCGGCUAUUUAAAUCGAAUCCCCCAACGAACUCCCACUUUUCCCCAGCGGCGUCAGCGGAGGAGCAGCGAGCGAGAGAGGAGCCAACCCUAGCGAGCGCGCGCCAUGGGAUAGGUAGGGGCUCUCGGCGGGCCAUGGAGUGGGACAGCGACUCGGACGGCAGCGGGGAGGAGGACGAGGAGGAGGAGGAGGGGGAGGAGGGGGCCGGGCCGUGGGGCGCGGAUGGGUGCCGGGGCGGCGGCGGGUUCUCGCUGGCGAUCGAGGGCGUGCUCGGCGGCGCCUGCGGGCUCGUCGUGUCCGACGCGCUCGAGCCCGACUUCCCCAUCAUCUACGUCAACCGCGGCUUCGAGGACGCCACCGGGUACCACGCCGAGGAGGUGCUCGGCAGGAACUGCCGGUUUUUGCAAUGCAGAGGACCAUUUGCUCAGAGGAGACAUCCCCUUGUUGAUGCUAUAGUAGUUACUGAGAUUCAGAGAUGCUUAGAAGAAGGAACUGAGUUCCAGGGUGAUCUGCUGAAUUUUAGGAAAGAUGGUUCUCCAUUUAUGACGAGUCUGCAACUAAAGCCCAUAUAUGGAGAUGACGAAACAAUAACCCAUUAUAUGGGCAUUCAGUUCUUCAACGAUUGUAAUGUUGAUUUGGGGCCUUUGCCUGGCUCUAUGGCAAAGGAAGUUGUGAGAUCAGUAUGGAUUACACCAGAUAAUACUCUACGGCCAAGUCCAACAGGGAAGGGUAACUUUUGCUCUGAGUAUUCUCAUCUCUUCCAACUGAGCGAUGAGGUACUGUGCCAGAAGAUCCUAUCAAGAUUGUCACCUAGGGAUAUAGCAUCUGUAAACUCUGUAUGUAAACGUUUGUAUCACAUGACAAAGAAUGAUCACCUUUGGAGAAUGGUUUGUCAGAAUGCAUGGGGCAACGACGCAACUCGGGCUCUUGAGAAUGUGGCUGGCACAAAAAGUUUGGCAUGGGGACGGCUAGCGAGGGAGUUGACUACACUGGAAGCCGUCACCUGGAAGAAAUUGACGAUCGGGGGUUCAGUGGAGCCAUCUCGCUGUAACUUCAGUGCUUGUGCUGUAGGAAACCGUGUAGUCCUGUUUGGUGGGGAAGGUGUUAACGCACAGCCGAUGAAUGAUACAUUUGUGCUGGAUUUGAGUGCGAGCAAGCCAGAGUGGAGGCACGUCAAUGUGGGGUUGGCUCCUCCUGGCCGCUGGGGCCAUACCCUGUCAUGCCUAAAUGGAUCGCUGUUGGUUCUGUUUGGUGGAUGUGGAGGCCAGGGCCUGCUCAAUGAUGUGUUUAUUCUGGAUUUGGAUGCAAAACAUCCUACAUGGCGUGAGAUUUUUGGCCUUACACCACCGGUUCCACGGUCAUGGCAUAGCUCUUGCACACUGGAUGGAUCGAAGCUGGUGGUUUCUGGUGGCUGUGCCGACUCUGGUGUGCUCCUCAGUGAUACUCAUCUUUUGGAUGUGACAAUGGAAAGGCCUGUUUGGAGGGAGAUACCUGCACCUUGGACUCCGCCUUCUAGGUUGGGGCACUCGCUCUCUGUCUACGAUGGCCGGAAAAUCCUGAUGUUUGGUGGCCUUGCCAAAAGCGGCCCUUUGCGACUCAGGUCUGGUGAUGUGUUCACAAUGGACUUGAGUGAUGCUGCGCCGUCCUGGCGGUGCAUCACCGGUAGCGGAAUGCCUGGAGCCUGCAACCCCGCUGGAGUUGGUCCGCCUCCUCGCCUUGACCAUGUUGCCGUGAGCCUUCCCGGAGGGAGAAUUAUGAUAUUUGGUGGCUCGGUAGCAGGUCUUCAUUCCGCUUCACAGCUCUACCUCUUAGAUCCGACCGAAGAGAAACCUACCUGGAGAAUACUGAACGUUCCAGGGCGACCUCCGAGGUUUGCAUGGGGACACAGUACGUGUGUCAUGGAAGGAUCAAAGGCAAUAGUUCUUGGAGGACAAACUGGAGAAGAGUGGACGCUGACUGAAAUACAUGAGCUCUCUUUGGCGAGCUCAUUAGUAUGAGACCAGAAAGUCUCCAGCAAAGUUCACAGGUACUCUUGUGGCAGAUUAGUUGUCUAUGCUUGGAAGGCUAGUCUCAAGUAGAUCAAAGCCGGCUACUCCCGCAAUGUCCCGGAGUCGCCCCCCGUUGUCUAUGAAGUAGGAACAUGUUCUCUCUGCUUUUGCUGCUGCUGCUGCUGCUGCUGUCUGUUUGGUCUACUACAAGGUAACUAAUCAUCAUCCAUAACCCUCAAUGUGUGUUGUUCUCGUCAGAUGUUUCCAGCACUCUGAUAUGGAAACAAAAGGGACUGGCGUCGUAUACCUGGAGUCUCCGGUGCAACACUUCUGUGGCACUGCCGUCGUGACACAUGUUGUAAUUGGUCCUGAAAUUCCGACCGCCCGCCGGUUAUGUUGAGCUUUGCUUUUCUGUACCUUGUAUGUUUUCCGCGAGCUGCUUGGUUACUCCUCUCACAUUGUUUGUUUACUAAUACCGCUGACAAAAACUUUUCAGUUUAUACCUUUGUAAGUUGUAAUUCUGAUUGUAGCUAAAAAGUUAUCAGGACUGGUUGUAUGGAAAACAGGCAGAGUUUUGCUUCCCCGCGA